AUGCACUUCCAAUCGCGCGUAUCCACAACCAAUGUUCACGAACUUCUCUUCGCCGACGACUGCGCCCUCAACAGCACCUCGGAAGAGGACAUGCAAGGGAGCAUGAAGCUCCUCUCCGCCACCCGCGAGAACUUCGGUCUGGUCAUCAAAACGGAGAAGACGGUGGUCAUGCGUCGACCGCUACCUAAAUCAGCCCCUCCCCAAAAUGCGCCACAGAUCAGCCUGAACGGAACCCAGCUACAAGUGGUGGAGAACUUCCCGUACCUGGACAGUACACUCUCCCGCAGCACGAAAAUCAACGGCGAAGUCGCCCGCAGUAUUUGGAAAGCCAGUCAAGCCUUCGGCCGUCUUCAACGCACAGUUGGGAAUCGUCAUGGUCUCCAACUCAUCAGGAAGCUAAAGAUGUACAGGGCCGUCAUCCUGCCGACACUGCUGUACGGAGCGGAGACUUGGAUGGUGUACACGAAACAAGUACGCCGACUCAACCAUUUCCACCUCAGCCGUCUUCGCCGAAUAAUAAAGCUGAGGUGGCAGGAUCGAAUCGCCGACACUGAUGUGGUGGAACGGACGGGAAUCCUCAGCAUCUACACCAUGCUGAGACAAAUGCAACUGCGUUGGAGCAACCACCUCGUGCGCAUGGACGACGAACGGCUACCCAAAAUUCCCUUCUACGGGGACGUCGCCACGGGUUCUCGCCACCAGAGAGGCCAAAUUCGCCGAUACAAGGAUAUUCUGAAGUUCCCCCUUAAGCGUUUGCAAACUAAAACGACUAAUUGGAAAGACAUCGUCCGCAACCGACCGACCCGGAGGAGGACAGCGAAGACAGGCGCUGCGAUCUACAAAGCCAACCACCUCGCCGCCGCCAAAGUCAAACGCGAAGCACGCAAAUCUCAGCUGUGUCCACUCCGCAACGCCGACUCAGAACCGCUUCCAACGUGUCCUCGUUGUCAACGGAGAUUUCGGUCACGAAUGAGAUUUGGUGGACACCUUCGAAUAAACUGCAUCACUCGUACCACACCAACCGUCGUGCCUCUGCCCGCCUCUUCCUCGUCCCCCACGCCGCCAACUAACUCUGACCGCUUUUCUGAUCCACCAUUCUCAUCCUCAUCCUCCUCCUCCGCCGCCUCCUGCUCCUCUUCCUCACACUCCUCCUCCGCUGUCCCAACGACGGCCGUUCUGGCGGCUGUCACGCACGCUAACAUUACACACAAUCCUGACACAACAACGAACACCACAACUAAAACCUCUGAAACCGAAGGCGACACCCAGGAUUACACCUGCCCUCACUGCAACCGCACCUUCACCUCACACAUCGGCCUGGUCGGUCACUUGCGAAUCCAUCGCACAGAGACCGGUGAACUGGCGCCUGGAACAUCAACCUACACCCACCGGACCCGCCUCCGCUGUCCACACUGCCCCGCACAUUCAUGCAUCGCAUGGGCCUAUUCUUCCACAUGCGUAUCCACUAGAGCGGAAUUGACCGCAGUCCCGACACACCCACCACGCCCAAACCCACCCUCACUCCGUCGCCCUGUGCACCAACCACCAUCACCACCACCAUCUCAACAACUGACACCGAUACCACCGACUUCCCAUGCCCUCAUUAUCUACGCUCAUUCGCCUCUCGAAUCGGCCUGGUCGCUCACUUGCGAAUUCAUCUCACAGAGACUGACGAACCAGUGCCUGAAACACCCACCUACACCCGCCGCAUCCACCUCCACUGUUCAUACUGCCACCGCACAUUCAUGCGUCGCAUGGGUCUGUUCGGCCACAUGCGCACCCACGAAUACCUGCGGUUGA